AAAAUAAGUGGUAAAAUAAACAGGAGUAAAGAAGAAAUUGAAAUUGAAAAAUUAGAUUGAAAUUUGAAAUUGAAUUGAUUAGCUGGUUCUCUUGAAUCAUAUGCAAAUUUCUGGUGCGUGAAUCGGUGAAUCGCCAGAAUGGUUGACAGAAGAAAGAAACAGCGCCGUCUGCACGAUUCAACCGCUUCUUCAUCCUCUUCCUCCACCGAAUCCGACUCUGAUUCCGAUUCUUCGAGACGCCACCGCCGCCGCGAGAAGGAACGGCGCCGAAGGAGCGACGGAGGGUCCAAGCGGAGGAGGGAAAAGGAGGAGAGAAGAAGAAAGAAGAGAGACAGAGAGAGGAAAAAGAAGAGGAGAGCCUACGAUUCCGAUGGGUCCCACUCUUCGGAGGAGGAAGACGAACCUAGGGUUCAACCCGAAACUGUCGUGACUGAAAUGAUGAGGGAAUUUCCCAAUGUUGGCAACGAUUUGAAGCAGCUCUUGCAAAUGAUUGAUGAUGGACAAGCUGUUGACAUAAAGGGUAUAUCAGAAAGAUCUUUAGUGAAGCAUUUGAACAAGCUGUUCCUUUCCUUAAAACUUAAGCAAAAUGGAGAUAGAGUUUUCUUACUUCCUUCUAAAGCUCGUCCUACAUUGGAUGUUGUUGGCCCUAUAAUUCACUCUUAUAUGUGUCUCGUGAAUGAGCAAGUUCAUCCUUCUGCAACAGUGCCUGAAACAUGUUCAGUUCCAAUAGAUGUGGGAAAUGAAAAGAUUGUUGAUGGCCAUAUAACAGAAACUUCAGAAGAUCAUUCUGUUGGUCCUAGAAGAAGGAUGAUUGGCCCUGCAAUGCCAUCAGCUGAAUUACUUGCUGCUGCAGCCAAAUUAACUGAGGCACAAACCGAGCUCAGAGAAGCUGAAUUGGACGACGACACUGAACUAUUUAUAGGACCUCCACCGCCAGCUAUGGUUUCUGAAGCAGAAUCAGCUAAUGAAGCAGAACGUUUUGAAGAGGUCACCAGGAUCAUGGAAGUUGAGGGUGACAGUCCAUAUGAUGUUCUAGGAGUUAACCAUAAUAUGUCUAGUGAGAACAUAAAGAAAAGGUACUGGAAGAUAUCACUAUUAGUUCAUCCAGAUAAAUGCUCUCAUCCACAGGCCCACCAGGCAUUUAUUAAGUUAAAUAAAGCUUUCAAAGAGUUACAAGAUCCAGAAAAGCGGAAAGCAAUGGAUGAGAAAAUCAAACUCAAGGAAGAACAAGAGAAAUUUAAGGCGGAACUUAAAACCAUGCGUGAGAAUGCUCUCUGGAGAAGAUCUCAAGGUAUUUCCAUGGAGGGUGAUGAUGAGCUUCUGGCACAGACAGAGGUUAAAGUGGAACCAAAAAGAGAUGAGUGGAUGACAACAUUACCCCCGGAAAGGAAACCUGGUAUGACUAUGCAAUCAACCAAAUUUAGCCGGGGCUCAAAGGAAGGUAGAGGUGAUACUAGUGCUUGGACAGACACCCCUUCGGACAGGGCUCAGAAAGCAAAGAUGCAUUAUUUGGAAGCAUACAAUGAGGCUACUGCAUUGGCCUCAAAUGAAGAGGAAAAGAAAAGGUCUAGUGCGGAUGCAGAAUUGGUGGACAAAUACAACAAAGCAAAACGAUCAAAAACGUUGGUGCAGAAGUAUCAAGAAGAUGUUGCUAGCAAGUCCAAGAAAAAGUGCAAGCAACAGCCAGAGAAGGAAGAUUGGGUGGGUCAACAUCCAUGGAAGCCAUGGGACCGUGAAAAGGAUCUGACAGCUGGGAGGAAAAGUGUAAAAUUUGAUUCAGAAAGCAUGUCUACGGGUUUAUCUUCAAGAUUUUCUUCUGGAAACUUUCAGAGGAACUUCCUUUGAUUUGAUCAAGAGUUUGCAUCUCAUACGUCAACUCCUGCCUGGGGAACAUCUGUUCUGUGAGCUUCUUUGAGAAAUUGAAUUUUUCUUUUUCCUGAUGUAGCCAGUAGGUGCUGAAUACGGUCAUGUGCUUGAAAUGCUACGGAGAAUUCUAAUUGUGCGAAUGCCUGAGUGACAGGUAUUUUCUGAGGAAAGUUAUGCAAUAAAUGGCCUCAUUCUUAUUUUCAUAAAUUGUACGGAUGUAUAUCCGAUUAUCAACCAAACAUGUGUAUCUGUGGUAGUUGUUUAUCUCACGCGGUUUUAGUUAGUGAAAUAGUGGAGAUAGUGUGGUUCAUAGAGUACGGCAUUUGCAGUAAAAAUUUAUAUUUGAUUGACACACAGCAAUUAUAGCAGAUGUAUGAAACUAAUUGUAUGAGCUAUUGUUUGCCCUAAAAAAUUGGGGGAUUGUAAUUUGUACUACUCUUUUUUUGU